ACCCAAGAAUUUAAGUAUUUAAAUAUUUUCCCCAACUACAGAAAUAAAAAAUCAUAAUUUGUUGUAUUCAUUCAUCAACAUCAACUCCUGCUGCCAGCUCUUUCCCUUACUUCUUCCUCUCCAACAUGGCCCCAUUCAAACCCUAAAUUCAAGAUUCAUGGAACAAUAUGAAUUUUGCUCAAUUUCAUCUUUGGACUUUGUUGCUGAGUUGAUUUCAUAGUCUUGGCAGUUGAGCUAACAGAGUCUUUUUCCAUAAAGGUACAAAGCUAUAAUGGCUGAAAGCUGGGAUGGGAAUCAUGAUCCUGGUAGCCCGUCCGAGGAGAGUUACCAUCUCGAGAGACUGCACAUAGAACCAAUUUAUGAUGCAUUUAUAUGUCCCUUGACAAAACAAGUAAUGCAGGAUCCUGUUACCCUGGAAAAUGGCAUGACUUUUGAGAGGGAAGCUAUUGAGAAAUGGUUCAAGGAAUGUAGGGAUAGUGGAAGAAAGCCUGUGUGCCCUUUAACGCAUAGAGAUCUGAAUAGCACGGAGCUGAAUCCAAGUAUAGCUCUACGAAAUACCAUUGAAGAAUGGAAUGCAAGGAAUGAAGCUGCACAAAUAGAUAUGGCUCGCAGAUCAUUAUCUCUGGGUAGUGGGGAGGGUGAUAUUAUGCAGGCUUUGAAGUUUGUCCAGCACCUUUGCCAAAAAAGUCGCUCAAACAAACAUGUUAUUCGAAAUGCGGAGCUCAUACCCAUGAUUGUAGAAAUGUUAAGAAGUAGCAGUCGCAGGGUUCGAUGUAAAGCUCUUGAAACGCUUCUAGUUGUGGUAGAGGAUGACAUUGAUAAUAAGGAAAUAAUGGCUGAGGGCGACAAUGUACGGACAAUAGUGAAGUUCUUAUCACAUGAACAAUCAAAAGAAAGAGAGGCAGCCAUUUCUUUGCUGUACGAGCUGUCGAAAUCUAAGACUAUAUGCGAAAAAAUUGGUUCAGUUAAUGGGGCAAUUCUGAUUCUGGUUGGAAUGGCUAGCAGCAAGUCGGAGAAUCUUGUGACUGUUGAGAAGGCUGAGAAUACUCUGGAGAACCUGGAAAAGUGUGAGAUUAAUGUAAAACAAAUGGCUGAAAAUGGUCGGCUGCGGCCCCUCUUAAAUCUACUACUUGAAGGAGCGCCAGAAACCAAACUUUCCAUGGCUGCUUUCCUUGGUGAGCUGGUUCUCAAUAAUGAUGUGAAAGUAUUGGUGGCAAGGACUGUUGGUUCAUCACUGAUCAACAUCAUGAAACAUGGUAACAUGUCAUCAAGGGAGGCUGCUUUAAAAUCUCUAAAUCAAAUCUCGUCUUACGAGUCUAGUGCCAAGAUCCUCAUAGACGCAGGUAUACUUCCCCCUCUUGUGAAGGAUCUCUUCUUUGUUGGGGCUAACCAACUGCCCAUGCGACUGAAAGAAGUCUCUGCAACAAUCCUUGCAAAUAUCGUCAACUCAGGCUAUGACUUUGAUUCAGUUCCGGUUGGCUCUGAAUAUCAGACGCUUGUCUCAGAGGACAUAGUUCACAAUUUUCUACAUCUUAUUAGCAACACCGGUCCUGCAAUAGAAUGCAAGCUUCUCCAAGUUCUUGUUGGUUUAACCAGUUCUCCCACAACUGUUUUUAAUGUUGUUUCUGCCAUUAAAAGCUCGGCUGCGACUAUUAGUUUGGUUCAGUUUAUCGAGGCUCCACAGAAAGAUCUUCGGGUAGCUUCGAUAAAGCUUCUGCGGAACCUCUCUCCUCAUAUGGGUCAAGAACUCGCUCGUUGCUUACGUGGUACAUCAGGUCAGCUUGGUAGUCUAAUUAAAGUCAUAUCAGAGAAUACUGGUAUAACCGAAGAGCAAGCUGCGGCAGUUGGUCUUUUAGCUGAUCUCCCUGAAAGGGAUAGGGGACUUACUAGGCAAAUGCUUGACGAAGGUGUCUUCCCGCUGGUAAUCUCGAGGGUAGUUAGUAUCCGACAGGGAGAGACAAGAGGGAGUCGCUUUGUUACGCCAUAUCUAGAAGGGCUCGUGAAAGUUCUCUCAAGGAUCACAUUUGUUUUGACUGAUGAGCCUGAUGCCGUUGCACUUUGUCGGGAACAGAAUGUUGCCGCACUCUUCAUUGAACUUCUGCAGACCAAUGGGCUUGAUAAUGUGCAGAUGGUCUCCGCCAUGGCUUUGGAGAACUUAUCUCAAGAAUCCAAGAACUUGACCAAAUUGCCUGAGCUGCCGAAGCCAGGUUUUUGUGUCUCGAUCUUCCCUUGUUUGAGCAAGCCACCUGUUAUAACGGGAUUGUGUAAGGUUCAUCGUGGGACAUGUUCUCUGAGAGACACCUUCUGUCUCUUGGAAGGACAAGCCGUGGACAAGUUGGGUGCACUUCUAGACCACACAAAUGAAAAGGUUGUUGAGGCAUCACUUGCAGCUGUAUGCACUUUGUUAGAUGAUGGAGUUGAUAUCGAAGAAGGUGUCCAGAUUUUGUGUGAGACUGAAGGAAUCAAACCUAUUCUUGAUGUAUUACUUGAGAAGCGUACUGAAACUCUGCGCAGAAGAGCAGUUUGGGCAGCUGAAAGACUACUGCGUACAGAGGAUAUAGCUCUUGAAGUCGCUGGUGAUCCGAACGUGAGCACAGCUCUCGUUGAUGCUUUCCAACAUGGUGAUUAUAGGACACGACAGAUUGCUGAGCGGGCACUGAAGCAUGUUGACAGAAUUCCGAACUUUUCUGGGGUAUUUCCUAACACGGGCUAAUCUUCGUCGAGGUGUUUACUUCACCAUUGAUGAAAUUGUGGCCAUUUCCACUGCUGAGUUUCUUAGAUGAAUCAGAGUGUUUUCUUGUUGUAACUUGUAUGAUGCAGGUACAUAGUAUUUUCUAUUUUUUUUUUUCUUUAUGGAGGGGUUUUGUAUUUCCUUCUUCUCCUAGUCCACCUUUCUGGUGUUCAUUCUUUUUCAUGUCUAUUCAUUCUAUUUUCUUCAAAAGAUUAUUGUCCUCUUAGAUGUUGUAAGGUUUUAUUGUUGUAAAAUGCAUUAUUAUUCAAUUUU